UUGUUUUUCUUCUCCUUUUCGUUUUUCUUUCGUGCAGAAAGAAGAAACCACACAGAAAAGGAGAGGCGGAUCAGCUUGCAAAGUUCGAUAAUCGGCGGCAGGAGCUCCGUUACUCCGCCGGCCGGCGGACGCCUCGACGCUGUCCUCCACCCCCGCUUCUGAGGGAUUAGGAAGUUUCGAUAGGGGCUGUUUCUUUUGACUGUUCGGACCUGCUUGGCUACUUGUUCUUCUUUCUAGGGUUUCUGACCGGUGGAUAUGUCAGGGCCACUUGACCGAUUCGCGAGGCCUUGUUUUGAGGGGUUCUCCAAUCAUGAAAAGAAAUCAGAUGUCGAGAACUCAGAAGAUGAGAGGAAGACAAAAAUCGGAUCUUUGAAGAAAAGAGCAAUAAGUGCAUCUACUAAAUUCAGACAUUCUUUGAGGCGAAGGAGUAGAAAGAAACUUGAUAAGCUCACUAGCACUAUUCCAAUCGAGGAUGUUAGAGACAUUGAAGAGCUACGAGCUGUUGAUGCAUUUCGCCAGUCCUUAAUUCAGGAUGAGUUGCUACCAUUGAAGCAUGAUGAUUAUCAUAUGUUGUUGAGAUUUCUGAAAGCACGGAAAUUUGAUAUUGAGAAAGCGAAGCGCAUGUGGUCAGAAAUGCUUAAAUGGAGGCAAGAAUUUGGUACCGAUACUAUUAUUGAGGAUUUUGAUUAUUCAGAGAUAGAUGAGGUUUUAAAGUACUAUCCACAAGGUUAUCAUGGCGUGGAUAAAGAGGGGAGACCUGUUUACAUUGAAAGGCUUGGAAAAGUUGAUGCAAACAAGCUAAUGCAAGUGACAACUAUGGAUCGAUACAUAAAAUAUCACGUGAAAGAGUUUGAAAGGUGUUUCUUAAUUAGGUUUCCAGCUUGUUCAAUUGCAGCAAAACGCCACAUUGAUUCAAAUACAACCAUUCUAGAUGUGCAAGGAGUGGGUAUGAAAAACUUCACCAAGGCUGCACGAGAUCUGAUUAUACGUUUGCAAAAAAUUGACAACGAUAAUUACCCAGAGACAUUGUGCCAAAUGUUUAUCAUUAAUGCUGGUUCAGGUUUUAGGCUAUUAUGGAAUUCUGUGAAAUCAUUCCUCGAUCCUAGAACGACUUCUAAAAUUCAUGUUCUUGGAACUAAAUACCAGAACAAGCUGCUUGACAUAAUCGAUUCGAGGGAGUUGCCAGAAUUUCUUGGUGGUAGCUGUAGUUGUGUUGAACAUGGAGGAUGCCUGAGAUCUGAUCGAGGUCCAUGGAAAGACCCUGACAUAUCAAAGAUGAUUCUUCAUGGCGAAGCACAAUGUGCUAGGCAAAUUGUAACUGUUUCAAAUAGUGAGGGGAAGAUUAUUGCCUAUGCUAAGCCAAGAUACCCGCUUGUAAAAGGAAGCGAUACAUCUACUGCAGAGUCUGGCUCAGAUGCUGAAGACACAGCUUAUCCAAGAAAGUCUGGCAACUAUUUUAAUAAUCCUCCGCUAACCCCUGUUCGUGAAGAGGCAAAAAUUACAGGAAAGGCAAGCACCACAUCUGGUGUCUCUUCUGAGUACGAAGACUGUGUCCCAAUGGUUGACAAGGCAGUAGAUGUAGGAUGGAAUAGUCAAAAUUCUAGUUCAACACAUUAUUCAGCUAAUGGUAGAUUUCCAUUGUUGGACAGGGGGAAGACUUCAGAAGGAUUAAAGGCUCAAAUUAUCACAUGGCUUGCUGCCUUCAUUAUGACACUUUACACUAUGCUCUGUUCAGUCGUUAGUCUAAACAAAAAGUUUCAACAUAAAAGGGCAGAGUUUGAUCAUUACUAUCCUGAAUUUGAUCUGGAUCCUAUGACUAAAGAGGAAUUUCGACCCCCUUCUCCUUCCCCUGCUUACAAAGAAGUAGAUCUGCUUUCAUCAGUUUUAAAAAGGUUGGGAGAACUGGAAGAAAAGGUUGAUGAGCUUCAAACAAAACCUACUAAAAUGCCUCACGAAAAAGAGGAAUUGCUUGAUGCUGCUGUUCGUCGUGUGGAUGCACUAGAAGCUGAGCUCAUUUCUACUAAAAAGGCUCUAUAUGAAGCUCUGAUGAGACAAGAGGAGCUGCUUGCAUAUAUUGACCAGCAAAGGGAGGCUAAGCUUCAGAAGAAGAAAUUUUCAUUGUGUUUCUGAAGCCCGACGCCAGCUUAGAUCGAAACACAGGCGGAAAAGGACCACUGCAGUUUGUUCAAUAUCUAUAUAUAAUAAAUACAAGGCAUAUGUAUAUGAUAUAUUUGAUUGAGACUGAACUCCUUAAUGCCGAUAUAUAUGUAAUUUAUAAGCUUGUUCUGUCUUCUGACCCACGGGAGUUGCCUAUCGUAACUAGUGUGAAAUCGUGUACUAUGUAUCCUACGUGACUACGUCUAGUAAUUCUACCUUCGAUCUGUAGUUGCAGCGCGAUUGUGUUUCGUUCA